AUGUCGCCAUCUCCGCAUGGACCGGUAACGCUAUCCCACCCGACGACCUGGAAUUUCGACAUCGAUCGAUAUUUGAAUCCAUUCGUGCCAGCACCACGAUGGCAUCUCGUACCACGACCUGUGGCUUAUAUGCUGGGAUAUCGGGAUAGACCACCCAAGCCAAUAGGCAACAUACUGAUCGCCUUGUGGUCCUUGCUUGGAGCAUUUUGCGGUGUGGCUUUGGUGGCAUCUGUUUCGAAACGGGUACCUGCCUUUGAAGCCCGUGAUGCACCAACGAUUAUUGGUAGUUUUGGCGCAGCGGCGGUUAUUGAAUUCGGUGCAAUCGAAUCGCCCUUCGCACAACCACGCAAUGCAAUCUUGAGCCAGGUCAUCGCAUGUUUCUUCGGUGUCUCGAUAUCGAAAUUGUUCGCCUUGGAUCCUCGUGCUGAAGCGUAUACUGAGCUAGGAGGCGCUCUCGCUUGCGGUCUUACCACGGCUGUCAUGCUCCUCACCAAUACUACACACCCACCAGCGGGUGCAACUGCUGUUCUGGCAGUGACGCAUGCUCAAACUGUUGCUUUGGGCUGGUGGCUUUUCCCGGUCAUGUUACUCGGUGUUAGUCUUAUGCAGGUUGCGGCCGUGAUCAUUAAUAAUGUGCAGCGUCGUUAUCCGCUGUACUGGUGGACAUCACAUCCUCUAGCACGGUCUCGGGAGGAUGUUGAAAAGCCUAUUCAUAAGGAAACACCUAGUGUUCCUAGUCAUUAUGAGGAUAGUCUGACUGAUGUUCCUCGACGGUUAGUAAUAGAACGUGGUGAUAUUUCAUUGCCGGAUGGGAUAUUGCUUUCAGUUGAGGAGCAAGAAGUAUUAGAGAGAAUCAGUGAAAGAAUUUGA